AUGACCGAUUUAGAAGAGGAGGUGUUUAUUCAGUAUAUAAUUGAUAUAGAUGAGAGAGGGUUUGCAUCUAAAUUAAGUAAUGUAGAAGAUAUGGCGAAUUAUAUUCUUGAAUUACAGAGGGCGAAGAAGAUUAGAAAACUUUAG